CGAAUGACUUCGGAUACAUGUUCUUUCGGUUAAUUUACUCAGAUCGGCUAUAUGAGUUCGACUUCCUCUCUAACCCCUAUGAGUUUGAUCACUUGCAGCUGAGACACUCUGUAUGGCGACAACUUCAGUCGAUAAAGUAAGUUCUCGAGCACGCCGCAAGUGUGACGUUCGAGGUAGCACCGAAACGUAGCGUGAUAAACGGUAGGUGAUAUGGUGAUCUUGUAUAGCGUAUCUGUCUCAUGGCUAGAGGCCGAUUUCAAUGCGCUCCGAAGUACGCCGUCUCUUCGCACGCGUCCAUCAUGGCAUCCAUAGACGAUCCUACGAUCUCUGCGCUCGUUUAUGAUUAUUUAUUGAAGAAGGACACAUCCCUGGCGAAAGUCUUUCAGAAAAAAACAAAAGCGCCUGAGCUUGCAAAAGGCUCUCCAACAAUACUGCAAGUAAUACAGCAUUUUCAAAAGAAUUCAUCAAAAAAAGUUAAUGUUAAAGCACAAAAGACAAACAGCAGUUCAGAUUCAAGUUCGGAGAGCGAAGAUGAGGUGCCUAAAAAAGUGCCAAUAGUUAACGGCAAAGCGCCAGUAACAAAAAAGCCAGAAAUCAAAAAGCAAGAAAGUUCAUCAGAAGAGUCUUCUAGCGAAGAUGAAAAACCAGCCGUCAAAGUAUCCCCGCCUAAACCUGUAGCUAAAGUAACACCUGCCGCAAAAGAAUCAAGUUCAGAUGACAGCUCGUCGGACGAAGCUCCGGCUCAAACAAUUUCUUCAAAAACAAAACUGACCCCAGCUAAGCCAAAUGCCAAAAAAGCUUCUUCCAGCGACGAUUCUUCAGAUUCUGAAGAAAAUUCCAAAACACAAGUGGUGUCUAAACCUAUGGCCAAAGCUGGACCUAAAGUAAUCCCUGCAAAAGUAGCUGCAGCGAAACAAGAAUCCUCGGACGAUAGUGAUGAUAGUAGCGAUGACGAACCAGCUGUUAAAUCAAGCUCCAAACCUGCAGCUAAAGCUGGCGCCAAGCCCGUCGCUAAACCUGUGGCAAAACCAGUCGCAAAAACAGAGACUUCUAGCGAUGAUUCGGAUGAUUCAUCAGAAGACGAAAAACCGGCAGCAAAGACUCCAAGCAAAGUUACACCUGUAGUAAAGGCUACUCCUAUAAAGGUUGUAAGUUCAGCAGCUAAAAAAGAAGAAUCUUCAGACGACUCUUCCGACGAUGAUGAGCCCACUGUGUCCCCAUCUGCUAAGGUGGUAGCGAAGGCAGCUGUAAAAGCAAAAUCAAGUAGCGAAGAUUCGGAUUCAUCUGAAGACGAGAAACCUGCACCUAAACCAGUCACUCCUGCAAAUAAAGCUACCAAACUUGUCGUUAGGCAGGCUAAAGAGUCCUCAAGUGAUGAUAGCAGCAGCGAUGAGGAACCACCAAAAAAAAAGUUUGCAGCACUUCCAACUAAACCUGCAGCAAAACAAGAAUCAUCCAGUGACGAUUCUGAUGAUUCAUCAGAAGUUGAGAAACCAGCGCAGAAAGUUGUCGUAAAAUCCACACCAGCUAAAGCUGUUGUCAAACAAGUAGCUAAGAAAGAGUCCAGCGAUGACUCUGAUGAGUCUACAGAGGAUGAGAAACCUGCAUCUAAGCAAGUUGCCCCCAAAGCUGUUGCUGAAGAAACAUCCAGUUCUGAGGAUAGCGAUGAAGAGGAAACGCCAAAACCUAAAAUUACUCCAGCUGAGUCCAAAAAAAGAAAACACCAAAAUAACGAUAACGAUGAAGACGAUGAAGAUGAUACAGAAGCAAAACAAGUUGCAAAAAAACAAAAGGACAAAUAUAGCAAUUUUGUAAAGGCUGGGAACAAUGUAAAUGGAGACAAGAAAAAUACACCAUUCAGACGCGUAAAGGAUGACGAGAUUGAAGUGGAUCCACGAUUGGGGAGUAAUGCAUUUGAAGCUAAGAAAGGUUUCCGAGGCUCAUGGGGAGAAAGAGCAAAUCUGGACCUGAAACACACCAGAGGGAAAUCGUUCCGUCAUGAAAAAACAAAAAAGAAACGUGGCAGUUAUCGCGGUGGUCAAAUAGACAUGACAGUCAAUUCCAUUAAGUUUACCGACAAUUGACAAAUCGAUUAUUUCACGUGAAAUAUUACGAUUACAACAUGAUAUACGCCAUACCUAUUUCCUACAAGAGUCUUAUUUUUAUUACAAACCACUUAUUAUUAAAUUAUUUCUCAUUGUAAAACCGUUAUAGAAUCAUCAUUACUUUCCGACGUAUCGGCAACGGUGUAUUUAUCACCUGACAUUUAGCUUGUCAAAGCUAGAUUUAUGUUUUAAAACAAUUUUAUCCGUUCCGAUUACGCAUUAUAUCAAGUACACGUUGAUAAAACGGGAACAGGGAUCGAAGAAUUCCUAUUACUGGCAGAAAAUGUACACGAACAAACCACAUAUAUGUAUAAAUAAAUUCAUCAAAUACGUGCUACACACCGCCUAUACAUGUGCUAAAAUGAAGAAAAAAACAUGGUUAAAACUUUACAAUGAAAUACAGUUAUAGGCUUUUCACGUCGCCUCGCAACUCAUUCCAUACAGAUACAAUAAUCUGUAAGGAACGAAGCUACGAUAUGAGAUAGUAUUGAAUAACAAUUCAAAUUGAAAAUAAAAAUAACUCCCACUAUUGUUAAUUUGUAGUUGUAGAAAUAUUACUAUAAUUAUAAAGUGUUGAGAAAAAAAAGUUUUUAAGAAAAUACAACCACAUGCGUGGUUAUUAUCGUUUUGUAUAUUAUAUAUGUACGUAAGUAUAGGUAUAUUGUAACUCUGUGUACGAAUAUAACGUUCAAAUGUGAUGUGAUCGAAUUGAUCCGUUAAUAAUAAUAAUCAUCACUCGAUACUUA